AUGAAUAUACUAUCACGAGGUAAUCUUGCAAGAUAUAAACCAUAUAAAGUCAACUUAUUAAAAAUCUUACUAAAAUCAUUUCUUCUUGGAGUAAUUUUCACUACCAAUAUCAUAAUAUUAUUAUUUAUCACUACAAAUCAACCAAAAAUCAAUUUAUAUUUAAUAUUUCUUGUAAUAUUUUAUAGUUUGGAAUUUAUAAAUACUGUAAUUUUCAAUAAUUCAGAAGUUGAUGAUGAUUCAUUUAUAUUAGAAGAUAAAGAAAUGCAUUUAUUUACCAUAAUAUCAUUAUUAGAACAUUAUUUCUUUAAUUGGAAAUAUCUUUAUGGUAGUAUUGGAUUAAGUUUAGUUAUAUUUGGUCAAAUUAUAAGAAGUUUAAGUAUGUAUACUGCUAGUGAAUCAUUUAAUCAUUAUAUUCAAAGAAAUGCAAAUGAAAAACAUAAAUUAAUAACUCAUGGAAUUUAUCUGAUAUUUAGACAUCCUUCAUAUUUUGGAUUUUUCAUUUGGUUCAUUGGUUUACAAUUGUUUCUUAAUAAUGUUAUUAGUUUGACUAUUGGUGGAAUUGUAUUAUGGAGAUUUUUUAAAGAAAGAAUAAUAUUUGAAGAAAAAUUUUUGGUAGAUUUCUUUGGUGAUGAUUAUAUCCAAUAUAGAAAAAGAACUAAAACAUGGAUGAUGAUAUGA